GAUGCUGCCGGGGCUGGCGGACGGCGAGGAGCGGGAGCUGGAGAGCAGCGAGGAGGGCGGCGGGGCGGGCGAGGAGCGGCGGCCGGAGCGGCACGGCAGCACCUACCACUGCCUCUACGGCUACCGCGGCUGCAGUCCCCUGCGUUAAGGCUGUAGAAUCGGUGUUAACGAUGGCUGGAUGUUCAGGUCCCCGCAGGGAGCCGGCAGCGGCGAUGGCAGCCCCGGCAGCGCGGCCGCAGAGACACCCUCCGCCGAAGACUUCAGCCUCUCCUUGCUGGACACUAACUUACCAGCUGAAGCGGAGACUGAAUUGCGCAGUUUUAUCGCUAAGCGUCUUACUAAAGGAGCCCUGUUUGAAGGAAUGGGGAAUGUAGCAUCAGUGGGGCUGAGCAUACCAGAAAAUAAAGUUGGCUGUUAUUACUGUCGUUUCCAACAAGAAAAUCUUCUAGAAAUGGCAACACUGGAAUCAGACAUCGGUACUCCAGAAUAUGUGAUUUGUUUCUUAGGUGGCUCAGAGAAAGGUCUGGAACUUUUCAGACUUGAGCUGGACAAAUACAUUCAAAGUCUGAAGAUAAAACUUGGUUUGGAGCAAAAAAACUUGGAGACCUAUGUUAAGCCCUACUUGCGCAGCUGGUUCGAGGAUGCCAUAUGCCCUAUCCAGAGGGUAGUCCAGCUCUUCCAGGAGAAACUCGCUGCCUUGUUGCAUGCUGCUUUGAGUUACACUCCUGUAGAAGUAAAAAACGCAGAUGAAAGAACAGAAAAAGACAUCAGCAGGUUUGUGGCAGCUGCCAGUCUCCAAGGACUUGUUCAGGAAGGAACAAUGACCUCCUUGUGUAUCGCCAUGACCGAGGAACAGCACAAGUCAAUGAUUAUAGACUGCAGUGGACCUCAGCCUCAGUUGCAUAAUGCAGGAAGCAACAAAUUCUGUGAGGACUGGAUGCAUGCUUUUCUGAAUGGUGCUGAAGGUGGAAAUCCAUUUCUCUUCCGGCAGAUUUUGGAAAACUUUAAAUUGAAGGCAAUACAAGACAUAAACAACCUGAAGAGGUUUAUCCGCCAGGCUGAGAUGAACCACUACGCCUUGUUCAAGUGCUACAUGUUUCUGAAGAACUGUGGCAGUGGGGACAUCCUUUUGAAGAUUGUUAAAGUAGAACAUGCAGAAAUGCCAGAAGCCAGAAACGUAGUGACCGUCCUCGAGGAAUUCAUGAGAGAAACAUCAGUGGUUUAAAAUUAUCUUAAUUAUUCUGUACUUGUUUGAGGGUAUUGUAUAAAUCAUUAAUUUCUUUGUGCAGCUUAGUUUCACUAUGGCAGGAUUUUUAAUUUAUAUUUAAAAGUAUUACCUAAGUCAAACCUAAGUUGCAGUUUCAUCUGCCUUCUCUCUUUUUUAGACAAAGCAGUAUGAGCUUUUUAAUGUGUAAAUAUCAGACAUACAAACUCCUGCAUAGUUUUCAGUGCUUACCAGAUUCUCCAAGUGACUUACUCCUUUUCUAAGGAAAUCAUGACAUUUGGGUUUUACAGUCAUUGCACAAAAAAACCCCUAAUCGCAAGUCCCUUAUCUGGCAAGCAUUUCAGUAUUUUAAAUAUUUUAAAUAUCUUUAAAAUGAUCAUAUCUAAUCAUUAACAUCUGGUUACUUUUGUUUUAAUGUAUAAAGAAGCACAAACUUCUGGAUAAUCCAUAGUAAAUGAAUUAAUCAUUUAUAUAAGAGAACAUAGGUAACAAGUCUGUAGCUUGUUUCCACAUUCUGCUUCAAAUUGGCAGUUUGCUCUGUUACAAGAUAAACAACUUGGUAUGAACAGAAUGGCCUUAAGACUGAAGAGUUGUAGGAAUCGGUUUGUGUGUGCUCGUAGGUACGCACAUGUACACUGGAGAGAUGUUAAUAAUUCCCAGGCUAUUUGAUGAAUGCCAUUCUUCGUUAGUUUGCGUUGUGAUCAAGACCUUCGUGUGUUCUCAGUACCCAUUUUGCAUUACUGUCAAUUGCUCUUGUACCUUUUUAACAAACUUGGAGCACUGAUCGUUUAGUAUUUUGCCUGAUGGGGAAACAGGGAAGAGCUCAGUUUUAAAAAUAAAAAAAAAAUAAAAUUAAAAA